AUGAGCCCGAUCGCGGCCCUGGAACAAGCCAUCAGAGACGCCCACGAGUGUGAUGAUGGCGAGAUUCAGCUCUACAACGAGCAGAUCGACACCCUGCGGAAGGAGACCGAAGAGGCAGAGAGGAGCCUGGAGAGGUCAUCCUAUGACUGCCGGCAGCUGGUGGUUGCCCAGCAGACCCUGAGGAACGAGUUGGACCAGUAUCAUCGCAUCAUCGAGAAUACAGGCAACAGAUCUUACCAGAGAUGUGCAGGAUAUAACUGCAGUGAAACCAAGACUCAAAGGCCUCCCCAAGAACCUUCCGAGGAAAAAGGAGAUGGUAGCGAAAGAUACAGCAGAUAA